AUUAGGUUUGUUCCACAGAUUUCAGAGCAUUGCCUAUUCUGCCAUCAUCUCCUCCACUUCGGAAGCGAUAACCUGUUGAUGACACCCUAAACAAUCUCGCAAGGAUAAUUAUGGAUCGUCUUUUUCUGACUGUGUUCCUCUGUGUAAGCUUGGUGCCGCUUGUUUUCAGCGCCGAUUAUGACUACGUCGUAGGUGGAAAAAAAUACACUUUGUCAGCUACAACACCAAAUAUGCAGACUUAGGCAGUGCAGUUCCCAAAUCUGAUGGUCUUGCAGUUCUUGGAGUGUUCAUUGAAGUUGGAGGUAGUGAUAACCCAGCAUACGAAUUUCUGAAAUAUGCCGAAGAUGUCAUAAAAGCAUCGAAUAAGACUAUUAUUAUGCCAUUCAAGCUGGAACCGAUGUUGCCAGAGACACGCGACAAGUUUUUCCGUUACAGUGGAUCUUUAACUACUCCCACGUGUGAUGAGAGCGUCACCUGGACAGUCUUCAAACACAGCGUCAAAAUAUCAGAGACUCAGAUGGGCUAUCUGCGUAAGCUCGAGUUCACAAGCGGUUCACGGAUGGUUAACAAUUACCGUCCAGUUCAGAAGCUCAAUGACCGCAAAGUUUAUAACAGUUUCGACAAACCUGCGUCAACCGUAGCUUCAACAACAGCAGCAGGUGCAGGCAUUCUUGACAUCAGCAUUGGUCUGUUCUCACUGAUGCUCUUGACUGCACUGUUUGGUCGUUAACUUUUCGCGUUGCACUGAUGUAAUUUUGUUCUUUUUCGUUUUUUUCAAGUUUUAUUAUAAUCAUUAUUGCUUUUGGCAGCACUUGAUAAAGUUAGCGAGCUUUUGCUAAUGUGACUCAAUUUUCUCAGUAUUAGGAGGAAAUAAAUUAGCUGGAUAAGGGAUGAUUGGCA